CAAGCUCUGACAAGAACACCGCGCGCACGAUCGAAUUUGCUGUCGAUUCACCCCUACAAGUGCCAUGGACGCGAUCAGGGUCUCCAAGGUGGAGAACGUCAUAUGUACCCGGAAUGGGACGUCCAUGCCCGGAACUAUCCAUCUGACUGCUCACCAUCUCAUCUUUCGAUACGAUGCCUCCAACGAGGAGGAACUGUGGGUUCUGUACCCCCUGAUCUCGCUUGUUACGCGUCUGCCGCAGACGAUGCGGGGCCAGUGUCCACUGACCCUCCAUUGCCGCACAUUCGAGACCUUCUCCUUGUCAUUCGAGAAGGAUACGGAUGCGACCGACGUGUUUGACAGUGUAAAAGAGCUGACGGUGGCCACCAAUGUCCAACAGCUAUACGCCUUCUUCUACGUUCCAAACCCUGCACUGCCCACACAUGACGGAUGGGCGAUAUAUUCUCCUCGAGACGAGUUCGGCCGGAUGGGAGUAGGAACAAGAACGAAAGCAUGGCGAUUUACGGACAUUAACAAAGACUACUCUUAACUUUAGUUUAGUUCCACGUACCCAUCCCGCUUGGUCGUCCCUUCACGGAUCAGUGACACGACACUCCAAUACGCUUCCAAGUAUCGUAGUAAAUGCCGGAUACCUGCCCUCACGUAUCUCCACUGGGCCAACUUCGGCAGUAUCACUCGUUCCAGCCAACCUAUGGUCGGGAUCACACAAAACCGCUCAGUGCAGGACGAAAAACUUAUCGAAUCUAUUUUCCAAACUCAUCACACGCCCGAACUGCGUGCUUCAGGAAAUGCAAUCUAUGGGGCGACGUCGACAAACUUGAUCAUCGACGCCCGUCCCACCAUCAAUGCCGUUGGGAACACCGCAAAAGGAGCUGGGACGGAAAACAUGGAUCAUUACAAAGACAGCAAGAAAGCUUACCUUGGGAUCGACAGCAUUCAUGUCAUGCGAGACUCUCUCAACAAAGUUGUCGAGGCUCUGCGUGAAGCCGAUGUCCUACUUGCAAGCAUCAACAGCGACCUUCCUGACCAGAUCUCUGGUAUCUCUGUCCUCGAUCGCCAGGCGUUGCGGCGCUCUGGAUGGCUGCGUCAUAUUCAAAUCGUACUCGAGGGCACGAACUUGAUCACACGCAACAUUCAUGUCAAUUCCUCGCACGUCCUGAUCCACUGCUCCGAUGGAUGGGAUCGGACCUCCCAGCUGUCUGCCCUUGCACAACUCUGUUUGGAUCCGUUCUACCGAACUAUCCGGGGUUUUGAAAUUCUGAUCGAGAAGGACUGGAUCUCGUUUGGACACAAGUUCAUGGAUCGAUGUGGGCAUCUAUCAUCGGACAAGUUCUUCAUCUCCCCGAAUGACAACGGUGGCGGAAACAGCGAGGCAAAUGCGGCCCAAGCCUUCCUGGCGUCCAUGCAGAAUCGAUUUGCAUCCCAAGGGCAUCUGAAGGAGACCAGCCCCAUAUUUCAUCAGUUCCUGGAGUGUGUUCGGCAGAUCCAGCGACAGUAUCCGACCCGAUUCGAAUUCAACGAGCGCUUUCUGCGGCAGCUGCAUUACCACUUGUACUCGUGCCAAUUCGGCACGUUUUUGUUCAACUGCGAGCGAGAGAGACGGGUAGGAGAGGAUGGACAGGCACCUGCUAUAGAGCGUACGAUCAGUGUCUGGGACUUCUUCAACUCCCCACCAGAGAUGGAACAGCACCUGAAUCCGACAUAUUCACCUCAACUCGAUGAUCCGAGCAACCGCAGCUCAGGUGCUGAUAUGGGCGUUCUUUUCCCAAAUGCUAAGGACGUCCGAUUUUGGAAUGAACUAUAUGGGAGGACUGAUGAAGAGAUGAACGGGCGCGUACAUGUUGCGGAGACAACAGCGAGCCCCGAAGACGAGAAUGUGAGGACGCCUAUUGGAACACCUUCUGUGCCUACAAUUGCACUUCCUCCGUCGCCCCCCUCAUCUUCACAUCUUUCACCGACCAGCCCGUCGCCACGACCGGUGUCGCCGAGCGUGACAGCUUCGCCGUCAAUCCCAAGCGAUGCACGGCCGGCUCCCUCGAGAGUGGAUAGCUUUCGUCCUAUAUCUUCUUCCACCUCUGCCUUUUCACUGCGAGGCUUUCCAGCUUCAUCCUCCGCUGGAUCUCCUGGUCUGCCAUCCUCCCCUUCGUCACCGAAGACCGCUGGCUCCAGGGCAGAUAUACUCAACUCCGGAGUCAAAUCUGUGUGGGGUAGACUGUCAUCAAACGCGUCCGCCGCCUUUUCUGUUGUGCAGGAUGCUUAUGACAAUGUCGCCAAAGAUCUGAGGAGCACCGCCAGCUCCGAAACCCCACACGAAGAACUUCGUGGACGUGACAAUCUUGCUGCUUGGGGAGAAGAGCCUUCGUUCGGCUCUUCUGGCUUCAGUUCGAAUCCUUGGUCGCGUUCGAAACCGGAGCCGUCGGUGGCCAGCUCCUCAAGUGUGUUCCAGAACCCUUGGGGAAGCAGCAGCCCGUCGGACGAGCCAAAACCAUACACACCACCUCCAGUUUCGGAACAUCCUACAGAUAGUCCGUCGUCGGGCCUAGCAGCCAUGACAUUGGAGACAGUCGCUGCAGCUCCUCGCCAGCAACAGCGACAACCGGACCGCUUGCCGGACAUGCCGCUGCCGAGUGCCAGCAACGUUGCUCAGCCUGCGAAAGUGGCUGCAGCCACAUCGGCCAUAGAUCCUCUUGGUGUCGGGUUCUCUUGAGAAAUAUAUAGAUUGCAAUACACACACGCAGUUUUACUUGAGUACAUUAGCAACAGAUAGCCAUCCUCCGAAUUUUUACGCGGAAUGUGAGUAGAAAUUGGAUGGUACGAUAAACGUGCCGGCGGCUG